ACAAUGCUAAAGUUGAUUCAGAAGAAGUUGGCUGAUAAAACGUGUGAUCAGGUGAUGGAGUUCUCCUGGAGUGCCCUCUGGAACAUCACAGAUGAGACCCCUGACAACUGUGAGAUGUUCCUUAACUACAGUGGCAUGAAACUGUUCUUGGAGUGCUUAAAAGAGUUCCCAGAGAAACAGGAGCUGCACCGUAACAUGCUGGGGCUCCUGGGCAACGUGGCAGAGGUGAAGGAGCUGCGCCCACAGCUCAUGACCUCCCAGUUCAUCAGUGUCUUCAGUAACCUGCUGGAGAGCAAAGCUGAUGGGAUUGAGGUAUCCUAUAAUGCCUGCGGAGUGCUCUCCCAUAUCAUGUUUGAUGGUCCAGAGGCUUGGGGGAUAUGUGAGCCCCACCGAGAGGAGGUUGUGAAGAGGAUGUGGGCAGCCAUCCAGAGCUGGGAUAUCAACUCCAGGAGAAAUAUCAACUACAGGUCAUUUGAACCAAUCCUUCGACUUCUUCCGCAAGGGAUCUCCCCAGUCAGCCAGCACUGGGCCACGUGGGCACUCUAUAACCUGGUCUCUGUCUACCCUGACAAGUACUGCCCACUGCUGAUCAAAGAAGGUGGGAUUCCCCUUCUGAAGGACAUGAUUAAAAUGGCCUCAGCACGGCAAGAGACCAAGGAGAUGGCCCGGAAAGUUAUAGAGCACUGCAGUAACUUUAAGGAGGAGAACAUGGACACUUCCAGAUAGAGGCAAUCCCCCCAUGCCUCUUGCCAGCACUGUAUCCAGCUUCUCUCUAACUCACUGUACAUAGGGAGGACUCUUUCUUACCAACUUGCCCGUUGGAAGGAAACUUUAUGUGUGUGUGUGAGACCCUCAGUAGAUGAAGGUGAACAGGGGAGGGGGGAGGGACUUUUUGCACAACAAAAUGCUUUCCUUAAUUUAGUGGACUUUUUUUUUUGUUAUGAAGUUUCAGGUUGAAGUUCUGUGUGUAUGAUUUCUGUAUAAAAAGAAAACGAAAAGCAAAGACAACUACAUUAUGUAUCUUUUAACCUUUUUAUUUUAGACCACACAGAGAGCCUCAAAUGACCAUGAGCUUGAAGACCUAAUUGUGUGAUCACUAGUGUGACAUGUUUAUUUCCCACUUCUUAGACAAAUCCCUUUUGCUGUACUGCAUGAGGUCCUGUAAUGUCUGCAAGAACACCAGUCCUGAAUGGGCAUUGGUUGCUCAGUGAGGCUACAGGCAAUGACGAGUUAUUUUUU